AUGGCUGCCAACAUGAAGCAUCUGCUGUUUGCCGUUUCCAUAUUUGCCUUCAUUUGCGUUUGUGAGUCGGCCCUAAAGAAAAAAGAGGUGGACACAGUCGGUGAGAAGGUGCAGCAGCUGAGUGACUGGAACAACAAGAAGUCUAUCAUACGUCUUAAUGGCGAGAAGUUCAAGCAAUAUGUGAAAGCUGCCCCGAAGAACUACUCCGUGAUUGUGAUGCUGACAGCUCUACAGGCUCAGCGACAAUGCUCUGUGUGCAGACAAGCCAAUGAUGAGUUUACUAUUUUAGCAAACUCAUGGCGCUACUCACAACAGUACUCUAAUCGUCUUUUCUUCACCAUGGUUGAUUACGAUGAAGGAGCUGAUGUUUUUGCCAGUCUGAAGCUGAAUACUGCUCCAGUCUUCAUGCAUUUCCCAGCCAAGGGUAAACCAAAGAAAAGUGACACCAUGGACAUCCACAGGGUUGGAUUUGCAGCUGAGCAGAUUGCAAAGUGGGUUGGAGAAAGAACAGACAUCCAGAUCCGAGUGUUCCGACCUCCAAACUAUUCUGGCACUCUCGCAUUAGCCUUGCUGUUAUCCCUGAUUGGUGGACUACUGUACCUCAAAAGAAACAACCUGGAGUUCCUAUACAACAGAACCUUUUGGGGGAUUGGGGCCCUAUGUAUCAUCUUCGCGAUGACAUCAGGGCAGAUGUGGAACCACAUCAGGGGACCACCUGUCAUGCACAAAAACCCACACACUGGACAGAUUAACUACAUUCAUGGUAGUAGCCAAGGACAGUUUGUUGCUGAGACCUACAUCGUGUUUUUAUUAAAUGCUGCUGUUGUUGGAGGUUUUGUUAUGCUUAACGAGGCUAACUUAGUCAAAGGCGACUCAGGAAAGAAGCGAAUUUUAGCAGUGGUAGGACUUGGCUGUGUAGUUUUCUUCUUCAGUUUACUGCUGUCUGUAUUUAGAUCAAAAUACCAGGGAUAUCCAUACAGCUUCCUAUUCAAAUAAGAAGAAGGAUUUGUAUUUGAAGAAGACAUCAAAAUGUUAUGCAAGAGUGUAGGAUAUGGAUGAUGAAUGAGCGUAUAAUUUGACUGAUUGAGUUGGAGGCUUUGUUGAACCUGAAACGAAUAAGUGGACUUGGUAUUCAACAAAGUUCCAGUCAGCAGCUGAUGUGUUACACAUAGAGUUUGAAUAUUGAUUCAAGCUAUAAAAUUUAGAUACUUUUCCAUAUUGCAGCUCAGAGUUAUGAAAAGUAGCAACAGUAAAGUGGAAUCCAACAUCCAUUUUCAUUUGGUAGUUUUUGUAAAAAAAAUGUAAAAAAAAGUUCAGUGAUGCAAGUGCCCUAGACAUUCCAACAGUUAGCAAAGGUAUGUUGAAAUUUAAAACAAACAAUCCAUACAAAAUCUGUGCAAAGUAAUUUUGUAAGAUCUCGCAAUGAAAUGAUGUUUCUUUUCUUUUCUAUUGAAUAAUUAUGUCAAGUGAUCUGCAGCUGUCGGUAAGACAACAGUUACGGUAAUUGAUGACAUAGGAGCAGGCAUUUCUUGGUAUUAUUCUGAUAAAGUUAGUUGUGGACAGAUCUUUAGAUGCAUAAAAGCAAAUUGGUUCAUGGACAUUUCAUUUAUUUUAAUUUGGGUUAGUAACAGAUGUUUAGGAAAUACCAUCUAUAAAAACAGAGAGAGGAAAAUGUCUUGUAAUUAUUUUAGUAUAAGGUAUGGAAUAUAAUAUUGAUGCCCAGCUGAUUUGAUCACUGUAAGUUGUCUGGAAAAAUAAAUUUGAAAAUCUGCAUAUGACACAAAAAUGUCCUUUCUUAGAAUCAACAAAAUUGAUUUAAUAUUUGUUUAAGAUAAUAUUUUUGAAGUAUGUAAAGUUACUGUGAGCUGUCUUUUAGAAGGGUGAAAGAGAGGGUGUGAAUUGAUAGAUACUGUGUACAAAUGUUACCCUCUUUGAAAGGAUUUUUGAGUCUGAAAGCAGUAAAAUAGAGGUUCUGUGGAAGCCAUGGUGCUUCAGUAAUUUUUUUUUAUGGUUUUGUGUUUAGGUUCAGAAUGUAGGGAUUACAUAGACUGCACACAAUAUUUUUUGUCAUAUUUCAUUUUUUUUUUUUUUUUUUUGUGGGUAUAGGUAGUUAUCACAGUGAUAGGAGUUUCACCUCUGCACUAUAAGCAGGCAAAACACAAACUUUCUGGAUUAUUGAAACCUCAAAUUAUUGUGUUUCUCUGUUUACAAAAACAUUUCUUACUGCGAUUAAGUAAAGUUGAUAAUCUUAUAAGCUUGUAGGGAUUGGUAUGUAUGUUAAAAUAUAUGAUAUUUGUAAUUAUAUAAAAUCGCAGUGUGAUCCAUAAUGAUAAAACACGAUAUCCUAUUUGUUUUUAAAUACCGGUACAGCAUAUGUAAUUGUUUGUGAUAUACUUGCAUUGAUAUUUUAUGUAUUGCGUAAUGAAAUAUCAGUUGGAAGAAAUAUUGUUAAAGUAUUUAAAUUCCUGUUUUAGAAACUACAGAUAUAUGAUUUUAAGGAUUCUCUGAAUGACGUCAAUAGUAAGAGUGCAAUAUAACAGACUCAAACACUGCCAUUCAACUAGGACAUUUAUUUUUCUUAAUCAGUUUAUUUGCGUUCCGUCUAAGGGAUAUAAAAUUGACUAAUGGUGUUUGUUCAGAAUCAUUAUAAUCAGCAAAAUUUUCAUUUCUUAAGAAUCGACCAACGAAUAGGCAUUGGGUUUCAAUUAUCAGGAUUCUCUGUAAUGAAUCGUUGUUUUGAAAGGGAACAUUGGAGUUUUUGACUGUGAAUUUUUAUGAUUUAAUUAAUGUUGUUCUGGUACAUUUUUGUGUAUGUAUUUGUCUAUAUACUGUCUUAUUUUGUCACGGUCCAACAUAGAUUUUUUAUUUUCAUAUUAAUAGGUAACUCUGUGUUAAGUCUGGAAAGAAUUAAAGCUUAGUUUAUAUCAAUGUUCUUUUUCUUAUAGAAAUGUGAAAGGAAAGUUGAUAAUUAUUAUUUUCUGCAAUCUUUGACUUUAAGAAUGGAGGUUAUCAGAUGACUUAAUGAUAUUCAGUUUUUAUUAAUCAGUCAAUUAAUAAUGUUGAAAGAUUUAAUACAGGAAAUAUGAAACUCUUUACAACAGAAACACAAAAUUUUUUUUUAAAAAAUCAGAUUUAAUCCAUUAUCUAACCAGUAUAUUUUGAAUAGGGUUUACAUCAAUAUUGGUACAAUGGUUUAGACUGUACAGGCUGUAACAGUUACAGUAAUCAAAAUUACUGAGAGGACAUUAAAUAAAAUGGUUCGUGUAUAAUGGGUGUGUCUGUAAGUAAUGUGUUGUCUAUGUGUUAAUUAAAGGUAUGUUGUUUUACAUUUUGUUGAUUUUAGUAGGUUUAAUAUAAAUCUCUUGAUGUGAAUAUCA